UCAAGGCAACGCCCGUUGCGUCAUGUCUCCUUGGAAACACUAACAAACAUGGCGGAAUAACUUUUUCACUGUCAGAAGAAGUAAUUUUGAGAAGAUAUAUCUUGCCAAGACAAAGAAAACUUAGCUAAGCGAGGUGAAAUGGAUGUCGAAGACAGGGAAAGUCCACUUGAUGUGGCGUCAGACAGGUGUGGACUGCUGGGUGUCCAGCUCAGCACUCAUGAGGGCAGUGAAGAGGAUGAUCCAAACCAGGAGACCUUAAAAGAUGAAGAGCCACCCCUUUCUCCUGAUUUGGAGUGGUUAGAAGAGUUGUAUGAAGAGGACAACGGUGAUGGUGACCUUGCGGUUGUGGCCGACAGUGGUAAGAGGAGGAGUUAUGCCGAGACAGCACGGAUGUUCAAGCUGAGACGAAACCUGGACCAGCUGGACUGCUUUCACCGACAGAAGGAGCAUGACGUGAUAAAAGCCAGAGAAGAGCUAAAACUCUGUCGACAGAACAUUGAAAGUUUGGUGGGGCAGAGGGACAACUUGGAGAAAGAAAUAGAACGACAGAAAGCAGCAGACAACAGUGUGGCAGUAUUUCGUUUGCGAGUCCAGCAUAAGCAUCUGUGUCAAAAGCUGCAGAGUGAGGAAGAGCUGGAAGGCCACAUCAACACUGACCUGAAGCAACAAGAACUGGAACUGAGUGAGGUGGAGGUGGAGCUUGGCAAGUUCUCAUCACUCCGGGAGGAGGUGCAAGAGGAAGAGCGGGUCUUCCAGGUCCUUAAGGCCCAGAAGGCAGCUACAAGGCUGCAGCAGGAGAGGAAAGCCAGCCAGAACCUGCAGCUCAAGAUCCAGCAUCUCAGGGAUAAACAGGCAACCAUGCUGAAAAAAGAGGAGGCUGAAUGUCAGAAGAAAAUUGAAGAGGGCCAAGCGAGCCGCAAGAUAGCUGCCAAGUACUUGAAAGAGACCAUUAAAAGGAUGCAUCAGCAAGAGGCUGAGAAGGAGCAGAAGAACAGGGAGUUACUGGAAAAGAGGAUACAGGCUGUCAAGUCACUGAAAUCUAACAUAGCAGCCACCCAAGAGAGCUUACGGGUCCAACAAAGCAGAGCCAAAGAAAACGCCAAGAAGAAAGAGCAGCAACAGAGACAACUGCGAGAAUCCCUGCAGGCCCAAGGCAUCAACAGUAUCAAGCACAUUUACCAACAGAAACAACUAGAGGAGAUAAAGCGUAAACAAGAGGAAUUCGAGGAGAGGCAGAAGUCAAAGAGAGUGGAGAUUGUGUCAAAAAUCCUUCAGGAGGAGCAGCUGGUAAAGAGCAGACAGAGGCACCAGGCACUGCUGCUUAAACCCUCAGCCACUGACAAGUUCACAUCUCUGAGGAGGGUACGAGAGAAGCUCCUGUACUACCUGGUUCCCAGCCCCCCAUCAGCCACUGAGGCGAGAGCAACAAUUCAGUUAAGAGAGUUUAGUGACAUCAGCAGCUCAUCGUCAUCUUCCUCUGAUGUUGAGGACUUGGAGGAAACCAUGCACCAGGAAGUGGACCACCAGAGCCUAGCUGAAAGCCUGGCUGAGCCUGAGUUCUCUGGGCUUUGGGACCAGAACUACAAGAAGCUCCUGAAUGAGAACACUACAUUGGUGCCGACAGAAGUGAAGACUGAAGAACCUGCAAUGGCCAGUGGAAAGCUCAACAUCCCUCCUGUUAAAAAGGUUCACGGAAAAGAGCUGAAAGGGCCUCCAUUCAUCAGUAAACCAGAGGACAUCCUCUUCAAGGACUUUGAAGUGGGGAAAAUGUAUAAGAAGAAAGUCAUCCUGACAAAUGUCAGCUACAUCACCAACCACUGCAAGCUUCUCGGAAUCUCCGCUCAUCUGAAGGAUUUUAUCUCUAUCAUCUUUGAGCCUCCUGGUUCUUUAUCUACUGGGAUGUCCUGUGACAUGCAGGCUGUUUUUCAAUCUAUGCUCAAUGAGGACCUGGAAGGCGAGGUCCAGUUUGCAUCAGCAGUGGGUUCUUUCUCUGUGCCCAUCAGAUGCACCAUAAAGAAAUGUGAUCUGGAGGUUGACAGCCAGAUUGUUGACUUUGGUUCGCAUGUGGUGGGCCAGACUAUUUCACGGACUCUCACCUUGACCAACAAGGGUGCACUGGCCACCCUCUUCAGCCUGGACACCUCCACAUGUCUCACUCCAGAAACUAGCCGUGUGCCAUUGCCAUCCCAGGUCUCUGCCAACACAUGCCAGGAGACAAGCAGUCAAAACACAACAUCUGACAAUCAGAGGAGCUCUGUAUCCAAGGGCACUGGAGAACUACAACCAAAGCAAGAGAGUCAGGAGCUCUCUGAGACAUUGCAGGAAGAGCAACCAGUGUCAGAGGCUUCAGCAACAGGUCCAGAAGCUAUUCCUGAGAAUUGUGUGAGCACCAAUGUGGAUGCCCAGAUGGACCAGAGCCAAUCAGACUCCUGUGACAUAAGUCUAGGAAAUGAUAGAGAUGGGAAGAUUGGACCUUUUGAAAGCAUCAAACUCGAGGUUGUAUUCACUCCAUCCAUUCCAGGAGAGUCCAAACUGGACUUCCACAUCAAAUUCUCAGACUUAACCAGCAAACCAAUACGCAUCCAGGUGAGAGGUGUGGCGGUCAGCUUCCCUAUAUGUGUGGUUCAGCCCAGCAUUGACCUGAAGAUCUGCAUGUUUGACCGCCUCUAUCAAGAGAGUAUCAUUGUCCAAAGCAGAGCCAGCACAGCCUUGAAGCUGACCUUUGAGGUGUGCCCAGAAAUGAGGAAACACAUGGAGAUCCUACCAAAAACAGGCUUCAUCCAGGCUCAAUCAACUCUUAAUGCCCAACUCAAGUUUCUGCCGAGAUGCUCCUUAUCUAAAGAUGCCAAGAGGUUCUUUGACAUAGAUACAGGAGUCCUAGAGGUUCCAGUGACAGUGCAAGUGGCAAGCCAGGUGAAGCCUGUCCAUUUCACAGUCCACGCAGUUGUGACCUCCUCAGACUUGCAGUUUGACCGGACUGAUGUGGACUUUGGCUACUGUUCCAUUUACCAGUCUGUCAAGAGCAGCGUCCGCCUUACCAACCUGUCCCUGCUGCCUCAGGAUUUUGGCUUCUUGGGUGUUCCAGAGUUUAUUGAGGUCCAGCCCAAUGAUGGCUUUGGCACUCUGCUUCCACAAGAGACCCUGGAGAUUGAUCUAAUUUUCAGUGCCAACAAGGCCAAAGAGUACAUUUUCCAACUCAGCUGCAAAUCUGGAAUUAACAGAGAUUUCCUUCUGUCUUGCCGAGCAGUGGGUGUCCGCCCUCCAUUGGAGCUCUCCCAUUCUCUGGUCCAGUUUGGGGCCACAGCAGUAGGUGACCGUUCCACUGCCAUACUUUACCUGAUCAACCGUCAAACCAACCCUAAGAUCAAACAACCAAUCCCUCCAGUGGUCAAGGACACCAUGGCCCCUGUAGCACCCAGGCUGUUCUCCUUCACCCCACCUAAGAAUACAGACAUCAGCAUCACUCCUUCCGCGGGCAGCCUGCUUCCUGGACAGAGAUGUAUGGUCCAGGUUACGUUCAGACCCAGACUGUUAGACCAGGAGAUCAAAGAAGAGGUACUGCGUCUCCUCCACCGAGCCAGGUUGCUCUGUGAGAAGGAUUUGGAGAGGAACAGAUAUGCUGAACAUGAGAAUAAAAAGGUGUUCCCAGUGGGUACUACUAAAGGAAAGAAGGCAUCUGUGAGUCCAAAGAUCAGCAAGGUUCCAGACGGCCCAAAGACAGACCAACUAUCCGAAUCACCAAAUCCUGCCGACAUACAGCCAGGGUCACAGCAGUAUGAAGAGGCCAGGGUCUCUCUGCUGUACUCCUUCACCCAACGCCACAGUGAAUACACCGUUCCCUGCUUUGUGUCAGACGGAGCGCCUCCAGAGGAAGACCAACAGCCAACAUGGAGUCCCUUCAAUACCCUUUAUUUGAAGCUGCAGUGUCCUGUUGUACAGCCUCCUCUAGUGGUAAUAUCCAACAAUGGACUCAAUAUCAUAGACUUCCAUCAGGUGGCAGUGGGAGAAAAAGUUAUCAAGCGGUUUGUAGUUCAGAACAUUUCAAAGGAAUCUUUGGAUUUGAGGUCAUCUGUGCUGGAUAUACAUGGCCCUUUUUCCCUUCUGAAUGCUCUCAGAUGCAUAAGACCUGGAGAAAAACACACUCUGGCACUGGCCUUUAGCCCAUCUCUGGGGAAAAAGUACUGUGAGACUCUGGAGGUGCACAGCCAAAAGAUGACCCUGGAGAUGACUCUGUGCGGGGAAGGUGUGGUCACUGCUGUCACCUCCUCCCACCCUGGAGGUCUCCUUGACUUUGGCUACGUGUUGGAGAAGGAAAGCACCUCACAGGUCCUGAAGCUGCAGAACCGCUCAGCUGUGGCUGUGGGUUUCAGGGUGCUGCUGGCCAGUCUCUCUCCCUCCGAGCCUCAGGGUGGAGCUGACAAGGUGGCCGUCCUGCUGGCCAGUUACAUCAACUCUCAAGUCCAGCCUACUGUUGGAACCCAGAACUACAGCGGGCUGAGUGUGUUCAGUGUGGUGCCAAUAGAGGGCAGCAUUGCUCCAGGACAGAGCCAGGACAUCACUGUAACCUUUCAGCCUGACCACCCAUCUGUCAACUAUUCUGACAUACUAACCAUAGAACUCACAAAUAAGAGUAAAGUGUGUAUGAUGGAUCUGAAGGGUGCAGCUUCUUCAAAUAACAUGUAUCUAUAUGGAGGAGACCUGUUGACAGUGCCCGUUGAAUCUCUCCUCCCUCCACUGAUAACCAGUCAACCUCAGCUCACAGCAGAGUCGGAGGUGAUAGAAAAGCCUAUUAUGCCUGUGCUGGUGACGCUGCGAGCCAGAUGCAGCACAGGAGCCAUCACACCUGCAGUGAGGGAGCUGCAAGUGGGCUGUAUCCACUCCACACAGCCCAGUAAGAAGAGUGUUGAGUUUCACUGGGAUAACGUGGGGUCCCUGCAGCAGCAGGGCUUCAGUGUGGAGCCCAGCAAAGGCACUGUGGAGGCAGGCCACAAACGCACCAUCACUGUCACAUGGACUCCUCAAAGUGGAUACAAGCCCUAUGAGGUGGUGCAGACAUGUGUAACUCUUACCUUGAAGGGGGAUGAGACGAAUGUUUACAGAGUCACCCUGAUGGCUUUGGUCUCCACAACUGCUGACUGAUGCCGGCCAGCGGGAAAUCUGCUCACACACACAUUCAUGUGGCCAAUAUUAACAAAUUAACUGAUGAUUUAUGACUAUAAUCUAAUUAUUAAAGAAUUCACUAAGUAUUUCACCAAAAAUGUUUAAAUAAGGCUACAGAUUAUUAUAUCAAUGAGGGGUUUUUUUUCACACUUUGACGAGCCAGCAGGUAUCCUCUGCAAGUCAGACACAAACACUAUUCUCCUAAUCGUGGGCUCAAAAUCUCAUAUAGCAGGCAAAAUAAAAACAAGUCUAACAAAUUAGAUAACGAAUCAAGCAUCUCAUCCUUGUAUUUGUAUCGUUUGUUCAUCAAUUCAUUUUAACCAUUAAUGCAUUUUAAAUUCAUUAUUAAUUAAUGCACAGCUGUUAUGCAACAGAAUGCAAUAUGUAGUCAUCAUUUAAUAUAAUAUAAUAUAAAUAGCACUGAGAAAAGAGUGCAGCUACCAUAGGGGUAUUUAUUUAUUUACAAAAUAUAAUCUAUGUAAAUAUAGAUAAUGUAGUCAAGAGUUUACAGUAAAUCCUACAUACAUACAAGGAGAAAUAAUGAAUGAAUGAUUGUGCUGUUUCUGUUCAGUUUGUGGUUUUAUUCAGGAAACGAAACAUUAAACAUUUCGAUCACAGUUUGUACUUAAAGGGCAGAAUGCUAAUACAGCAAUGCUGGAAAGCAUAAAACCGUAAAUCAGUUGAUACCACUGCAACAGAAUCGCAUCACAUUACAACAUUUCGACAGGAAACAUUAAGGAAACAAGGCAUCGCAGUAGUAAUCGCCUGCAUAAUAUUGUAUACAAAAACAGAAAGUUUAACAGACAUAUGUUGGUGAUUUAGUGACCUGUAUGUUAAGGAAUAUGCUUUUGAGCUUGUACUCAAAUGAGGUGGCUGUAUUCUGAGGACUAAGCAUGUGAUUUAGUAGCACAGUAUUUUGUCUUUAAAAGUAAGAAUUUAUCGAGUCAGUUUAGCUCUUUGCAUUCAAAUUUUUCAUAGUGAAAAGUGAGCCAAAGCAAUUGUAAAAAAUCUGUAUUACUGUUCCUAUGUUAUACUUAAAGUUAUGACAAGACUAUAAAGCCCUGGCUACCAACCAUGACCCCAUACUUGAGGACCAAACUUUGAUGGUUUGUGAUGCCUUGAACAACAGGAAUUCCUUUCCAAAUAGAUGUGAGAGUGUUGCUUUCAACGCAGAGGAAGAGUAACAACAAAAGUCCUCAUAUUAAAAGUAGUUCUAAAUGGGUUUUCACUGCUAACACGGUCCUACAGCCCAUUUAUUCAUGCACCUGACUGUAGAACCUAAUUCCACCAGCAGGGGAUGAAUGUAAUGCCAAGUAAGCAGCUGUGUUAUAUCAUGGUUAUGGGUGUGUCAGCUGAUGUAAGCCAGCAGUAUACAGUAGGACAUACUGUGGCACUGUUGGUACUGUACCCAUUAAGUGAAAGGAGGCAGAGUUCACACUGCGACACAGAAUAGGCAGAGAUUAAUAUAGAUGAAUGAUGCACAAUGCUGGUAGUUUUGUAUAUAACUAAGCAGAAAGGCUGGGACGACCGAGUAAUAGUGGUCGUAUCAAUAACAGCGGUAGUAAUCUUAGUCAUAGACUGAUAAUUAUUAUUAUUUUCUAUAAGCUAUAUCAGCUCUUGGCAGCUUUGAUAUGAUUUGAAAAUGUUAGUACCAGUGUCACUUUUCAAAAACCCAUAGGUUAGGAUAAAGUUAGACUUGAAUAGAUGUCAAGGUACUGUGUAAAUUGCCUAUUUAUCUUUGAACAUGCUGAUUGUGACUAGCUAAUCCAGCAUGCAGUUAUGUGUAAGCAUUUUACAAUUCUGAGUUUGAUCAUUUCAUACUCCAAAACCAAAGAGAUAAUUAUAAAAAAUAAAGUAUUCAGCAUAGCACCCCAGCAUUCUUUCACACAAGGUGCAAAAGGUGGAAAGAGCAUUUAGACCAUCAUAGAACAUUAAAUAUGUCCAUUUAAAUAGGUAGAUUAGCAGCGCCACCAAAGAGUUUUACAAACGCUGCUGAAUAAAAUCCUUGUCUUUCAUCUUGUGGACAAAACUCAGUAGCUGGUAAGCUGAUUGUCAAUGAAGAUCAAAAUAAAUUUGACCUGAUUUUGAACAUUAUGGAGAUCACUUCUAUUCAGAAGGCCUGUGGUCUGGGCCCUGGUAUUGUUGCACUUACAAUUACCUGCCACUAGGAGCCCUUAAUGUCUCCACUGGCCCUCCAGUGGUUAUGGAAUUCCUGGGAUGUCAUGGAAUUUAAAGUGGAGUGUAUUAUGGCAAGGUGACUUUAAUAGGACUGAAGAAUAACUUGUUUUCUAACUAGUUACAUCCGCCUUGUUUCUAACACACACAAAUCCAUGAAAUCAUCGCUAGGUAACAGUGAUCUGCACAAAAAGAUGAAAAAAUACCUGCACACUGCUAUAUCAUUCCAAAUUCUUCUUAGAUUGCAAAAAUAUAAAGUUUUCAACUAUUAAAAACAAUUAUUACUCUUACUGGAUAGCAAGGUUUACAAGAAAACAUUAAACAUAACAACCAACAAUCUCCAUUUUUAAAUACAAAAUAGCUUAUUAUUUUUUACAAAUGGAUUAUUCAACACACAAUCUAUAAAAAUCUCUUAAAUCUUAAUAUUAAGAAACUAGUCUUGAAGCCAUUUCUAUACAGUUCACUGAAUAACAUUUGUUCUCAUAAAACAGGAAUUUUAAGUAAGUAAUUAUUAAAAGAUAGAUAUAAAAUACACACUCUUUCAUAUACAUUUAAUCCAAAAUGAAGAGUUCAUGGUACAUACGAAAAUAGUCCUUGGUAUCUAUUUACACAUUAGACUCAAAUCAGGUGAUUGCUCCACAUACAUAAUUGUGUAGUGAAACCAUCACAAUGCACACACACUACUAUAUGUGAUAGAGUCCUAAUGGUUGCCAACUCUAGGCCCUGUGAAUGUGAACAGCAGAUGUCAGUAAUACCUCAAAACGGACCAAUAGGAUCUGACCUCUCUCAGAGAUGCAUGCUGUAAGCAUUUAUCAGAGAUUGCAGGAGAUUAUGCUAAAUCAGAUUACUGUACCCCAACCUGCCUAUAAAAAGCAAGGUCAUUAUGAGCUUAGCCUCGUGUAAUGUCACUAGUUUUAUGAAAUGUAUGAGAUCAUAUUAGGCAAUAUUUGUGUUGCCAUUUUGCCUCUUUUUCUAAUCUGAUUUCUCCUCUGAUCUCUCGCUAAUACUGUGAGAUAGUGCUACUUACAGUCCCUGUUCUGCUGAAGGGAGGUCUCUGUGUGCUUGUCUAUCUGCCUGUAUGUGAGUGAAUACAACCCAGAGAGUGAAAAUGCUCAUAAAAGUCAACUUGCCCGGAGGCCAUGUCCAUGUAAAGUAUUCCAUUUAUGUACAGUUACUACAUUAAAACAUAUCCGAUCAUCGUA